GUUUAGCGUUCGCUUGCUUUUCGUGAGUUUUACGCUUGGCUGAAGGAGUGGUGUACGCUCGUGUGGAGGAUAUUUUGUGCUAAGUCUAUUUAUUGUGACAGAAAAAAAGCAUAACAAUGUCGUCAAAAACGAAAAAGACUGUAACAUCGUCGUCUAAUAUAAGUGUGGUGUCAUCAGUGCAAAGCCCGCAGCAGUCGAGCACUCCUGUGGGAAGCCGCCCUUCAAGUUCUGCCGGCCGGCCGAAUAGCCCGCUGAGCCCUACAAGACACACCCGUCUUCAAGAGAAAGAUGCCUUACAAAAUCUCAAUGACCGUUUGGCGGCAUACAUCGAUAAAGUCAGGCAGUUGGAAAGUGAGAAUUCUGGAUUACGUCGUGAAAUUCAGACUACACAGGAGGUGGUCACACGCGAGGUUUCUAAUAUCAAGGGCAUGUACGAGCAUGAAUUGCAAGAUGCCCGUAAGCUCUUAGAUGACACAUCGCGUGAAAAAGCUAAAUUAGAAAUUGAUCUGAAGAGGUUAUACGAGGAGAACGAUGAUUUGAAAAAGCGCUUGGACAAAAAGACUAAAGAUUGUCAACAAGCUGAAAACAUGGCGCGUCAUUAUGAGACGCGUUUUACCGAGGAAAGCAACAAGUACAACACAGCUUUGGCUGAUAAGAAGAAGGCUCAAGAUGAAGCCAGGGAGCUGGGUAAAGAAUUGGAGAAACUGCGUAAGGUAUAUGCCGAUACGCGUAAGACCCUGGAAGAGGAGAUGCUGUGCCGCAUCGACAUGGAGAACACGGUGCAAAGUUUGCGCGAGGAGCUCUCCUUCAAGGAUCAGGUGUUCCAACAGGAACUGCAGGAGACACGCACUAGACGCCAGGUCGAGAUAUCCGAAAUUGAUGGUCGCCUGGCCCAACAGUAUGAGGCUAAGUUGCAACAGAGCCUGCAAGAGCUGCGUGAACAACAGGAGGCUAAUAUCAAAGCCAACCGUGAUGAAAUUGAAGCUCUAUAUGAAAACAAGAUGAAGAAUCUGCAUAACGCGGCCAACCGUAACAGCACAGCUGCUACCGUUGCCGUAGAAGAGCUACGUACCAUGCGCACGCGCAUCGACAGCCUCAAUGCUACCCUCAACGACCUGGAAAAUAAGAAUGCGGCACUCAGCAACCGUUGCCGUGAAUUGGAGCGUCAGCUGGAGACUGAGCGCGCCCGACAUGCCGAAGACCUCGCCUCGCUGGAGCAGGAAUUAGCCAGGCUGCGGGACGAGAUGGCGGCGCAACUGCGCGAGUACGCCACGCUCAUGGACAUUAAGAUUUCCCUCGACUAUGAAAUCGCCACUUACCGUGCGCUGCUUGAAGGCGAGGAAGACAGGCUGAACCUGACCAGCCAGUCCCCGGGGCGCGAGUCCCGCGCGUCGGCCAGCGUGUCGAUGAGCGCGGGCGGCGCGCGCGGCACGCCGUCGCGGCGCGCCACGCCCCUGCGCGCUGCACGCAAGCGCACGCUGCUCGACGAGACCGAGGAGCGCAGCCUCAACGACUACAGCGUCACCUCCAGCGCCAAGGGUGACCUAGAAGUCGCAGAGGCCUGUCCCGACGGCAGCUUCGUCAAGAUCAGGAACAAGGGCAAGAAGGAACUGAGCCUCGGUGGAUACCAGAUUCUCCGUAAAGCUGGUGACCAGGAGACAAUCUUCAAAUUCCACCGCACGGUGAAGCUCGAGCCCGGUGCAGUAGCCACUGUAUGGUCUGCCGACGCCGGUGUAGACCACGACCCACCACGAGACAUCGUCAUGAAAGGCCAGAAGUGGUUUGUUGCAGACUCCUUCACCACUGCUUUGUUGAACAACGACCAGGAGGAGGUAGCAAUUUCGGAGAGACAGCGGCGACAAAUAAGCACCAGCGCACAGAGACACCGCGAACUGGCUCAUAAAUACCCUCGUCGUGAGCAGCUUGGUGAACUUCGUGAGGGAGAAGAGAACUGUCGUAUCAUGUAACUAAUGGCGCGGAACUGAGUGUGCCCCGCCGCACUCGCCACACGGUGCCUCACGCUUCACCCGGAGCUAUGGACUCUGCGUCUGCCCUAUGGGCACUCUCAACAUUACAUAACACAGUUCACAUAAUUAAGAUUGUCUUCAUUUCUACACCGACACAGAUACAAUGAAUAUUUAAUCGAAUUAAAUUUUUCUUUACAAAACAAAUUAUUACUUGAAUACAAAAUAGCUGUUAAAUGUUAAUUACCGUAUUUGAAUCCCUAUAAACUAAAAAUAUCGGUGGAGUAAGUGACGGGCAACAAGUACCGUCUAUUAGGCAUAUAGCUGUAUAGGUAAUUUGCUUAUGCCUGCCAAUAAGACGUAAAGUAACUAUAAAGACUGGAUAUAUCUAAAUGGAAUACUUCUUGGUCUAAACAUUCAUAUGGGACUGCAACUUCCGUAGUUAAAUAGAAUUACGAUCCUCUAGCUAUAUGCCUCUUAGACAUUACUUAAAAUUUUUAUGUUUUCUAUUUUGUUUUGUCUCUGGUCAAAUUUUAUAAAUAUAAAGCACUGCCUCUAAUGGCUUCUAUAAUAUAUUUAUAGACAGUGAACAAAGUACAAAGAAAUCGUUCACUUAUUGGUGAGAUGAUUGCAAUCCUUCAAAGAUGAUACAAAAUACAAUCCAAAAUAAAAUAAAUUCUUAAGAAAGAGAAUCAGUUAAACUUUGGAGGAUUACAAUCCAUAGUGGGUAAGUAUAGAUACAGUUUUUUUUUUCACCCCACCCCUUCCUCAGUUUAUUAUAAGAAAUUUUAUAUUCAUUAAUAAUUUAAAAUAUCCAUCAGAUAACGAUAAGAAUUCAUAUGUUGUGUAGAUUAAAUCUACUAAUAAAAUCAUUAUUCUUAGUGACCUUGGAUUAGAAAAUCACUACAUUAGGUUAAGAUUCAGUUGACUAUCACAAAAAACGGCGAUAUACCUAGUUAAGCGUUAGUUCGCACUUAUAGUUGUUUAAGAUUUACCAAAUUGUGGGCGCUUUUUAAAAGAUGUUUGUGUGUCAUUCAAAAUGUAAUGGUCAAAAAAGAAUUUUAUAUUAUUAAAUUUAAAUUAACAUUUGCAAUUAUUAUACAGUCAAAAGAUACGACGUCUAAAAAUAAUAUAAUGUCUUCGUGAAUAAUUACGUAGGUACUUGAAUUCAGUAAAAAAAACAAUAGGUGCAAGUCUCAAAUGAAAGGCUCUCAAGUCAACAUAUACACUAAGUAAAUAAUAGCAUUUACAAUUGCCUCUAAAUGAAGUAUGUAAAACUUAUUGUUAAAAAUAAGUUGCUAAUUUUAAGUAAUAAUUCAUUUGGUGUUAAUUUUUGUUUUUAAUCAUUGAGGAUAGAAUCUGAUUCAUUGUCAUUCUAUUUUGUUUUAUGAGCAAUCAUGAGGCGUUUUUAGUUUGGACCCAGUUUAUAUCUUCCAUGUAAUAAACCAUAUACUUGUAUUACAAUAAAGUUAUAUUUAAGUUAAAA